AUGGGGCUGCAGCCCCUGGAGUUCAGCGAUUGCUACCUGGAUAGCCCCUGGUUCAGGGAGAGGGUGAGAGCUCACGAGGCCGAGCUGGAGAAGACCAAUAAGUUUAUCAAGGAGUUGCUGAAGGAUGGGAAGAACCUGAUCGCCGCCACCAAGAACCUUUCAGCAGCCCAGAGAAAAUUCGCCCAUUCUCUGAGAGACUUUAAAUUUGAAUUCAUUGGUGAUGCAGAGACAGAUGAUGAAAGAUACAUAGAUGCAUCACUUCACGAAUUUUCAAACUUUUUAAAAACUCUUGAAGAACAAAGAGAAAUUCUGGCACUCAGUGUUACUGAAACUCUGAUCAAACCUUUGGAAAGAUUUAGGAAAGAGCAGCUAGGAGCUGUAAAGGAGGAAAAAAAGAAGUUUGAUAAAGAGACAGAGAAGAACUACAGUUUGUUGGAAAAACACUUGAAUUUAUCAGCUAAGAAGAAAGAGAUACAAUUACAAGAG